AAAAAACUGCUUACUCGUCAAACCUACCUUCAAAACCUUCACACAUAAAUAGUGACGUACUUUAGAAAAUACGACACUAUGGCUUCUCAGUCCUCAAUGAGGAGAGCAAUACGAGAGAUUAGUAGAGGAAAGAUGCUAAUCAACCUCCUUCACUCUCAUCUCAAGCUUCACAGUACUGAAGCAACCGAUCUCACCGAAGGAGUACAGCGAGCACUUGCAUCUGCCCUUUCAAUCCUCGAACAUAAGGAGAGUACUGCUGAUGCCGCCAUCGUCUCCGGCAAGAAGAGGCGGGCGGUGGCCGGUUCCUCCGGUGAUGACCGGGAGGAGAGAGUUCAAAAGAAAAAGAAGCCUAUGAAUAAUUCACGGACCAUAGUUACACCUGCCCCUCAUCAUGAUGGUCAUCAAUGGAGGAAGUAUGGGCAGAAGAUGAUUCAUAAUUCCAAGCACCCAAGGAGCUACUAUAGAUGCACAUACAGAGAUGAACAAGGAUGCCUAGCCACCAAACAAAUUCAGCAAGAGGAAUGCGAUGACUACUAUCAAUUAUUCAAGGUCAUCUAUAAUAACCAGCACACUUGCAACCCUCCAAUGUUAGACACAACUCCACAAAUUAUUCUAAACUCUUCAUCAAAGGAGUCCAACUUGCUUAUCUUUGAGCCUAAGGAUUCUUACACAGAAUCAAGUAAUACGAGCAAGCCUAACUCCCUCGGCUCCCUCGACCCUGUUAUUGAUCUGAGUGAAGAAAAUUUGAGCUCCCUCAGUGAGAAUUGCUCUUCAUUGAUCGAGGAAAACAUCGAAGAGGACAUGGGCAAUGCCCAUCUGCUCAAUGUUCUACCGAUCCCUUCAUGGAGUACUUCAGAUUCUUGUGGGUUUGAUUUGGAUGAUAUUGAUAGUAUUCUGAGCUUAUUAGGAUAGUCUGUUGUAUUUUGUUAGAUCCAAAAAAUUUCUUCAAAGCAAGGCAUUUUAAGUGGAACAUGGAAAGAGUUACUAAGUUUUUUCUUAA